AUCGAAAGAGCUGAAUCAAGAGAGGCGUUUCGGCACCAUUCUCCGGGAGAGUAGACGCGACAUUUGCCGCAAGUAAUGUUAGAAAGGAGUGGAGUAUAUGAGAACGAAAACUCUUAUUUCGUGUGGAUUUUUUCUGGAAAAACAAAGCCCUACCAAAACGGAAACUAGUACAACAUUAGAAACAACAUACAAAGAUUGGAAUAAUACGGUCGCUGUCUACAGGACCAAACCCAUGAUGUACCUCGCCUGCUCUGCAGCCACACCAACAUCCAGUCUGUAGAGGAAGCGGCCGCACCAGCAUGUCAUCCCACCCCCAGUCUGUGCCUCAGGGCCGGAGGGCUGUGGACAUCCGCCACCUGCCAAACCCUGCCAGUCUACCGCUGCAGCUGGCACGGGCACACACGGAUGUGGGACUGGUGGACUACCACCCUCACUCUCGGGACUACAGCUCACACCUGGCUCAGCCCCACCGCCGCCGGCCCUCUCUGCUGUCUGAGUUCCAGCCAGGGAAUGAGAGAGGUCAGGAGCAACACAUCCGCUAUGAGCACAUCUACUUACCUGAGCCCAACAACCAAUCAGAGGUGGAGUAUGUUGAGAUAAAGCGUCCCCGCCUGGACCUUGGGGCGGAGUCUCUCAUGAGGCACUCAUCCCACCGCCCACAACUUCCUCUGGGAGGGGCUGAGGACAUGUCAAAGGACCGGGGCAGCUCCAUGGGGAAGCUGGAGCCCAUCUCCCCCGUCAGCCCGGCCCAGAUGGACCCAGAUCUGGACCUGGUGCCAGCCCGCUUCUCCAAGGAGGAGCUCAUCCAGAACAUGGACCGUGUUGACCGGGAGAUUACCAUGGUGGAGCAGCAGAUUUGCAAGCUACGCAAGAAACAGCAACAGCUGGAGGAGGAGGCAGCGAAGCCCCAGGAGCCGGAACGGUCUAUGAUCUCCCCCCCGCCCAGUGAGGCCAAGCACCGCAGCCUGGUGCAGAUCAUCUAUGACGAGAACAGGAAAAAGGCAGAGGAAGCGCACAGGAUUCUGGAAGGACUGGGACCCCGAGUAGAACUGCCUCUGUACAACCAGCCAUCUGACACCAAGCAGUACCAUGACAACAUCAAAAUAAACCAGGCGAUGAGGAAGAAACUCAUUGUUUACUUCAAGAGGAGAAACCAUGCUCGUAAGCAGUGGGAACAGAAGUUCUGCCAGCGCUAUGACCAUCUGAUGGAGGCCUGGGAGAAGAAGGUGGAGCGCAUUGAGAACAACCCCCGGCGCCGGGCUAAGGAGAGCAAGGUGCGAGAGUACUACGAGAAACAGUUCCCUGAGAUCCGCAAGCAGAGAGAGCUGCAGGAGCGCAUGCAGAGCCGGGCGGGGCAGCGUGGAGGAGGACUGGCCUCAUCUGCAGCCCGCAGUGAACACGAGGUCUCUGAGAUCGUUGACGGCAUAUCAGAGCAAGAGAACACCGAGAAGCAAAUGCGCCAGCUUGCGGUCAUCCCUCCCAUGUUGUUUGACGCCGAGCAGCAGCGCAUCAAGUUCAUCAACAUGAACGGCCUGAUGGACGACCCCAUGAAGGUGUACAAGGACCGGCAGGUCAUGAACAUGUGGAGCGAACAGGAGAAGGACACCUUCCGCGAGAAGUUCAUCCAGCACCCAAAAAACUUUGGCCUGAUUGCUUCUUUUCUGGAGAGAAAGACGGUGGCAGAAUGUGUCCUGUUCUACUACUUGACCAAAAAGAACGAGAACUACAAGAACAUUGUGCGCAGGAACUACCGGCGCCGUGGCAGGAGCCAGCAGCAACAACAGCAACAACAACAAGUGAACCGCAGCAGCCAGGAGGACAAGGAGGAGAAGGAGAAAGAAAAGGAGGGAGAGAGGGAGGAGGAGAAGACUGAGGGGGAAGAAAAGGAGGAUGUAAUGAAGGACGAUACCUCUGGUGAGGACGGGGAAGACAAAGAGCCCACGGUGGCCUUAAAAGGUCGACGCACGGCUAACAGCCAGGGCCGGCGCAAGGGCCGCAUCACCCGCUCCAUGACCAGCGAGGUGGAGGAGACCGCCACGCCGCCGCUCAGCGGUGAACUCGCCAAUCUGGAGAUGAAUGAGAGCUCUCGCUGGACUGAGGAGGAGAUGGAAACCGCCAAAAAAGGUCUUCUCCAGUAUGGUAGGAAUUGGUCAGCCAUCGCCAAGAUGGUGGGCUCCAAAACUGUGUCCCAGUGCAAGAAUUUCUACUUCAACUAUAAGAAGAGGCAGAAACUCGACGAGAUUCUGCAGCAGCAUAAAAUGAAAUCGGAGAGAGAGCGUAAGGCGCGGCGUAAAGGCAAAGCUCUACAAAGUGAAGAGGCCAGUGCCCCGUCUGCUGCCGAGGAGGAGGAGAUGGAGGGCUCCGGGGCCAGCGGCAACGAGGAGGAGGCCCCCGAGGAUGGAGAAGGUGGUGCUAACAACAGCUCUGACACAGAGAGCCUGCCCUCUCCGCGUUCCUCUGAGGACAGCAAGCCUAAAGAGGAGGGUAGUGGCAGGUCCAAAGCUGGCUCAAACUCUGGGGACAAGGAGGCCUCAGGUUCCCACAUGGGUCAGCGAGGAGAUGAGAAACCCCCAGGAGAAGUGGGGAAGGCCAUCAAGCAGGAGGUGAAGACAGAGGCAGAGGAGGGCAGCAAGGAGCAGCCAAGCGAAUCCACAGACCGAGACAUGAAGCCCCCCACUGCAGAUGCAGAGGAGAGCAAGAGUUCAUCCAAGAGCUCCAAGAGGGACCAUGGGCCCAAGACGGGCUCCCACGCAGACAGUGACUCUAGUGCCACCUGCAGCGCGGACGAGUUGGAGGAGUUGAAUAGUACAGAGAAGAACAGGAUGACGUCUCCCAGCCGUCCCAGCCUGCUGAACUAUGCUCAUGAUGGGGUCAUCUCCUCCCCCCUGCAAAAGCCCAUGGACCUGAAGCAGCUCAAACAGAGGGCUGCUGCCAUCCCCCCUAUUAUGCCCCAGAUGCCGGAUGGUGGACCUCGGGGUGGGUGUAGUAAGGCUGAGCUGCCCCCCCAUGCCCUGGCUCUCUACCAGCAGCAGAUCACCAUGGCUCAUGGAGAGUCCUCCCAGGAGGCCAAGCAGCAUGCAGGUCAGCCCAGCAAACAGCACCCCUACCCAGCGCAGGGGGACCCCCAUAACAUCAGCAGCCCCCGCGUCCACCCACGCAGCCCCUCCGCCAGCGACAAGGACGGUACGAACCCUAAGAAGCAGCCGGUGGGGCCAGAGGACCUGAGGGCCACUACCCUGGGCCGGCCCAUCAUGUCCCCCUACCCAAUGUCCCAUCGAGACAUGGCCAAGCUCAGCCAUGACCAGCACCUACUCCACUAUAACUCCUCUUUCCAGCAGGCUGGCCACUCUGGGCCCCCUGGUCUGCAGCAGGAUGGUGCCAGAUUGGCAGCGGUGCUCCCCCUCCAUAUGCCAGAGCCACCCCCUCUCAUCUCCUCCCAAAAGCCAGGGGGGUCUAUCACACAGGGCACCCCAGUGCAGCUGCAUAGCCCGGCUCAUGGGAUGGACCAUGGGAAGAUGCCCCCUGUACAGAUGGGUUUGUCCUGGAUGGAUCAGAGGAAAGUGGGUCCCUACCCGGUGGUGAAGCAGGAGCAGCUUUCUCCGCGGUGCCCGUCAUCCCUGGCAGAGAACCUGUCCACACAGGGGAUGCCCCAUGACGCCAAUGCUGGACGUGGGUCUUUGCCCGCAGUGCAGGGGGGCAGCAUCACAAAGGGCAUCCCAGGGACCAGAGUGCACCAGGACUCCCCCAUCUCCUACCGGGGAGGCUCCAUCACCCAGGGCACCCCGGCAGAUGUGCUGUACAAGGGGACCAUAACCCGUCUGAUCACAGAGGAUAGCCCCAGCAGAGCAGAGAGGGAGCGGGAUGAGCUCCUGUCCAAAGGACACGUGGUCUAUGAGGGCAUCAGUGGACACAUCCUCACCUAUGACCGCCCACCCUCUCAGAACCCUAAAGAUGACGGCCGGGGCCAGCCUGGGGAGAUCUUGGGGCUGAAGCGCCCCUAUGAUGUCAGGGGGUUGCCCAUGAGGGAGACACUGUCUGCAGCUAACUGUGAGGGUCUGAUAGGCAGAGCCAUAUCUCACGAGAGAGACAACCCACACCCAACCCACCACAUCCGUGGUUCCAUUUCACAGGGUAUCCCCCGUCACCUGGACAUCCAGGAUGGCUACAUGAGGCGGGAGGCCAAGCAGGUGAAGAGAGAGGGCUCCCCGUCCCAAGGGACUGGCCAGAUGGCUGAACCCAUGAAGAGUCGAGAGGCCAUUGUGCCCACAGUGAAGGAGGGGGGGCGAUCCAUCCACCUCAUCCCCAGAGAGGAGCUCCGACUGAUGCCCGAAGGCAUGAUGAUGCCCAAGGCUGGCAAAGAGGGCAUCAUAGUACAGGGCACUCCUAUGAAGCAGGAGCAGGGUAGCUCAAGGAAGGGGCACGACGUUCGUUCCAUAAUCGCCAGCUCCCCACGCUCCCACUACGGCAUGCCCUCCCACCUGGAGAUGCGGGGACCCGAGCAGCGGGGCCGCUACGAGGAGGGUCCUAAGAGCCGUCCCAGCGCUGUGGUCAACACGGCCAGCUCCAUGGCUCGAUCCUCGCCCCUGGCAAUGGGGGGUGAGCAGGGUGGCAAGGCUCACCACAGCCCUGUGGGCUACGAGGAACACAAGGGUGGCAUAAGGGCUCCCUACCCUGGACCUUCUCACCGAGGAUCUCCCCUGUCAGGCCAGCGGCAGCAUGAAGGCUCCAAUAAGAACCAGCCUCAGGAGCGCAAGGCCACACCCACUCCUCGGGAGAUGAGCACCGGCAAGUCACCCCUGCCGGGCGUUGCCGAGCAGCAGGCCCAACAACAACAGGCGUCCCUGGCGUCGUACGAGCGUCUGCUGCAGGGUCUGGGGGCCGACGUGUACCGAGGACAGAUCCCCCUAUCCUUCGAUCCUGCCUCCCUGCGUCAGGGCAUCCCCAUCGACCCAGCCUACUACCUGCCUCGCCACCUGGCCCCUAACCCUGGCUACCCUCACCCUUACCCCUACCUGAUCCGGGGCUUCCCCGACACGGCAGCCCUGGAGAACCGCCAGACGCUGCUCAACGACUACAUCACCUCCCAGCAGAUGCACCAGUGGCCUGCAGCCGCAGCUAUGGCUGCCCAGCGCUCAGACCUGCUGAGAGGGCUCUCGCCACGGGACCAGCCCCUCCAAAUGCCCUACUCUGCUGCCCCACGCGGGAUCAUCGAUCUGUCUCAGGUGCCACACUUACCUGUCCUAGUCCCUCCCUCUGCAGGGUCUUCCGGCUCCCCCAUGGACCGCAUCACUUACAUCCCCGGGGGCCAGGGAGGCUUCCCCACCCGGCCUUACAACACCUCCCCCAUCUCACCAGUUGGGCCCCAACACAUGAGCAAGCAGCAUGGCACACCAUCUACUGACCGCGAGAGAGAGAGGGACCGCGAGAGAGAGAGGGACCGCGAGAGAGAGAGGGACCGCGAGAGAGAGCGGGACCGCGAGAGAGAGAGGGAGCAGGAGAGAGAGAGGGAUCGUGAGAGACAGCGAGACAGAGAGCGGGACCGGGACAGAGAGAAGGGGAUCUCUCAUGGCAACGUGGAACAUGCCCCCAUCUGGAGACCAGGCACAGAGCACAGCUCCGGUGGUAGCAGCAGUGUCAGGCCCUCCUCCCACUCCGGCUACAGCCACCAGCACUCCCCGGUGUCCCCUCGUACCCAGGACAGUGUCCAGCAGAGGCCCAGCGUCCUGCACAACACUGGGGGCAAGAGUCUGCCUGUCAGUGACCACAACAACCCUUCUGUGCUAAGGUCCAUGCCAGGCUCCAAUCGCUACCCAGGCUACAGCCACCUCCAGAGGACCGGGAUGCCUACUGAGGGCUACCCACCAAGCAUGGACCCCAAGGAAAUGGGCCGGGAUGGUGGCAAGAGCAGGGGAGGCCUUCCUAAACACACCCAAGACCAACAUGGGCCCUCUAUAUCCUCCAGCAAAUCUGACCCCAAGCAGGCCAGCCCUAACCAAGGGGGUUACCCCGUGCCCUACCCUCAGGGCUCUGCAGCCUCUUACCACUCAGGCCGGCCCCCACCUCACCUGCUGCCCCCCCAGUCGGAUAGCCAUGUUGGCCGCGGAGAAAGUGGCACACCUAGUAGGGAAAAGACUCAAAACAAACCGAUGUCCGUUCAGGAACAAGAGCUCCGAUCACUCGGUAAGACCACCAUGACUGCGGCCAACUUCAUAAACGCGAUUAUCAUGCGUCAAAUUUCUUGUGAAACGGGGAUGCCAGAGACGGGCUCGCUCGUGGCCAACAGCGCCAGUGAUGGUAAGACGCUCUGGAUCCCAGGGUCCCCUCAUCACCCAGACCCUCCCCCCGUUCGUCUGUGGCAUAUUGCACGCUGUGGUGGUUGGCAUUAUCAAAUCAGUCCAAUACAUUUUUACAUGUUAUGUUUUCAUAUUAUUUUUUCAACACUAUACUAUUUUAUCUUUUUUUCCAUGAAAUGUCCAGGCGAGCCUGCCAGAGUGCAUCACCAGCCUAAAGCCCCACCAGCCACCAGACAGACCCUCACUGGGGCUCCAGAUAGUAUUGCUCUUCCACUGGAGGGGGGUCGAGGUGGGGGGCAGGGAGAGGGCUUGAGGGGUGGUGCUCAACAAAAGAUGAUGCCCAUGGAGCAGCACGGUCUGUACCGGCCUCCCUCCGAGGAGAGGCUGUCCCCGGGCCAGCAAUCCCCCCUGAUGAAAGGCAGCCAGAGGGUGGUCACCCUGGCGCAGCACAUCAGUGAGGUGAUCACCAAGGACUAUACCCGGCAGAGCCAACAGGCCCAGCAGCAGUCCUACCACAGCAACCCAGUCCUGGACCUAACCCGGCCCCUCAGCGCUCCCCAUGCCCUGCCUGCCACCCAGGAGUCUAGCCAGGGACCUCGCUACACUCCAGAGAGGACAGGAGGGGAACGUACCCGAGAUGGGUCUCCUCAGCCCAAGGCCUCACCUGUCAGUAUGUCUGCAGACGGCAUUGAGCCAGUGUCCCCUGCAGGAGCUAUGUCUGAACCAGAUUCUCAAGGGGCCUCCUACCCCAACGAGCAGGGAGAGCAGGGCAUGGGCUCUCGCUCCCCUCCCAACACCCAGCCCCCAGCCUUCUUUAGCAAGCUCACUGAGAGCACCUCGGCCAUUGUCAAGUCCAAGAAACAGGAGAUGAUCAAGAAGAUGACCGUGGUCGGCAGUGAAACUGAUUUCAAUACUGGCCAGCCAGGAACAGAGAUUUUCAACAUGCCUGCCUCUACCACUGCAGGACCUGUAAGUAUCCGCAGCCACCCGGCUCCUGAGGCGUCCGGUAACACCAUAGGGCUGGAAGCCAUUAUCAGAAAGGCCCUGAUGGGCAAGUAUGAUGACCAGGCCGAGGAGCGCCCUCCCUCCUCCAAUGCUAUUAACUCCAUGGCUGCCAGUGUGCCUGCCGCUAAUCCUCUCGCUGACGGACGGACCGAGGACUCUUACUCACUACAAGGUGGGGGGGGGAAGCCAAAGGGUAGCGGGCGCUCUAACGGGCGGAAGGCCAAAUCUCCCGGGCCGGGCCUGUCAGGGGGGGAGAGACCCUCCUCUGUGUCCUCUGUCCACUCUGAGGGGGAUACCAACCGCCGCACGCCCCUCAUCAACCGUGUCUGGGAGGACCGGCCCUCCUCCACAGGCCCCACUCCCUUCCCAUGUAACCCCCUGACCAUGCGUUUCCCCGGUGGCAUGCCAGUUGCAGCUCCCUCCCCCUCCUCUGGCCAGCUAGGGGUCCAGGGUCUGGGGCAGGGGCGGGCCUGGGAGGAGGAACCUAAGCCCCUGUUGUGUUCUCAGUACGAGACCUUGUCUGACAGCGAGUGAGAGACCCUGCCAUGGAACAGAACAGCACCUACCAACUAUCAACCACCUCCACUGCUGCUGCAGACACACACACACACACACCACUCUACACUCUCCAUCCCACUCUACACUCUCCACCCCACUCUACACUCUCCACCCAGGAAAGGAGUGACCUCUUAGCCUCCCAUCUCACACUGCUGACUGAGCAUCUCAAGCGCUGAUGGUGGUGUGCUGAGACACUGCUGCUCAGUGAAUGUGUGUGUGUUGGUGUUUCUGUGUAUACAUUCACUCCAGGACUACUCUAAAGGACAAAUCACUUGUUUUUUUUACUUGCCCCCCCCCCCUUGCUGGCCUUAUCAAUACGGACACAUCAAUUCACUCACUUUUUUGUGUACGUUUCUAGUGUCUUCUACGGAUUGUGGAAGGGACUUGAUACGGCCACAUAGUCUGAUGUUCAUGUGUUUUAAUCUGACCUGUUGAUGGAUUCACUGGCCCUGGACAAGGAUGGAUGUGUCCUCUGUUAUACAGGAAUCCUGCUCUACUCUGUCUGGGCUCUGUGAGCAGGGUUUCAACCUGGAGCUUCAACUUGGAGAAGCCUGCUGCCUCCACUGACCAUCUCGAUCUCUCAUUCUUUCUGCCAAUGACCCGAUGGACAUGGAGUUAACCACACAGAGCUCUGCAUGGAGAGGUCUGCUAGGGAAGUGGACUCCUUCACUGACCCAUGUCACUGUGCAGAUGGCAGUGGGACUGGCAGGUAGCCAGCCAAAUGGCAUCCAUAGUGCACUAGAGUACAGUACAUUAGUGGACACUCGGCCGGUGCAUUUCUACCACUAUCAGAUGAUGGACAGGAGGGAAAAACACAUUGUUUUCCUGUGUUUGUUAUUUAGUUUUCUCCUUUUUAAAUCAAGUCAGUCCAGUCUUGUGUUUGAAAGUGAGCUGAGACCGCUAGUACUUUUUAUGGUGAAUUUUGAUGGUGUCAGUUAUUGUUUCUUAUUUGCAACCAUUUAUCUUGGGGGGUACGUGGGAGGGUUAUAUCAUUGGUUAACAGGGUAUACAUGCUGUCCAUUGCUGAUGAUGUCAUCAUACAUUUGAAAUGUUAUAGGAGGACGGUGGCGCCGUAUGUUCUCCAGGCAUCCAAUAGAGAGAGUGGACUGUGGGUGUGAUGGCACUAAGAGACAAGUGACACUUUCUCACUCUUUGUACAUGAAUCAUGUCUAUGUGUUUGUUGAGACUGUUUUUGGAUGUUAAGCACUUAGUUGUCAAUCUGUUCACAAUAGCAUUUUUAAGAAUGUGUGUUUCGGGCAGGUGAGAAUAGACUCAAGAAGAAGAGUGUAGAAUCCUACUAAUAGAAGCGUCGUCCUCCUUUAAUAUCUGUUUCAUUUGGUCUUGCCACAUACAUGAUUUAGUGUUCCCGCACUCAAGCGACAAUCACAGCUAGUGAAACAUUACCUAGUCCGCUUAGUGCGGGUAGAGACCAACCUUAAAGCUGCUUUAGGGCAAAUUACCCGGCAUUAGAGUUGGAAUGUGCUUGCAUUAAAGAGGUGACAAAUAAAAGCCAUCUAUGUUUCUAUGCCCCUUGGACCAUGGUGGUGCCGGCUGUGGCUGUAGCGUGAGCCCCGGCUGGCCAGCUGGAAGUCUGUCUCUAGGAUGGAAUGCCUAUUGUCUCUAGGAGCUGCCUGUUGUGACGGUCUGACCUCUGAACUUUUACUGUCUAGGGGAAGAGGAGCUCUGCCUCACCAGGCCAGACGCACAUUUUUAUCUAGACCCAAUUUUGUACAGUUCUAAGAUUCCUAGUGUUAAGUGCCAUUCAUUUUACAUAUACAGUAAUAGUUACCAAGUGACGCACACAUUUUUUUAAAUAUUUUUUUUCUACAUGCCAGGGUUAUAAGUGUUUAUGCAGGGAAAUGUUGAAACCAAGAGCAGAUGAAAUGUCCUUCUUUUGAUGUCUUUUGUUAUGUCCAAAUCUGUCACAGCCUUAGCGCUUAACUGUCACUUACACAUGAUUUACAAUGGGAGCUGCUAACUUACUGUUGUGAAUGUUAAGAAAUGAAAAGCAGUGUAUUCUGUUUGAGGAUUGUAGAACUUGCUGCUGUCACAUCAGGUUACCAUGACAAUGGGCAACGACAUGGUUGAAUGUCCUCUUGCUCUUUGCAGGCUAAGCAAUAGCUAUAUAAAAGGUGAAUGCCAAGAAGAAAGAUGUAAAAAGGGCGCUGUUUGAAAGGCGAUCAUAUAAACAUUGCCCAAUUUGUUUUUACAGGCAACAUACCCUCAGUCCUUAGUGAAAGGUAUUAUAUUCUGGCAUGGUCCUGAUUCAAAGGAGGUUUAAACAGUCCAAAAUUGAGUGUUACAUUUGUGUGAUUAAGUUUUUGUCCAUUACAAUGAUGGUGUCCAUGGCUUGUAUUGACUGUUGAAGCCAGAGAAGCACAGCUGUUCUCAGUGUGACCUGUUUAGAGGGACUGCACUGCAGUGUGUUAUCCUGUCCACUAGUUAAGAGUUGAGUUAGUCAUGAUGGAGACGUGUUCGUAAUGAACGUGGAACAGUUGGACAGACAGCUUUCACUCCUUCCUCUUCACUGGAUUACAUAACGUUUCUACUCUGGCUACCUAUUAUACUGGUCAUGGUUGACAUCUAAUCAGUCAAGGUGCAGCUAAAUGAAAAGGUUGUAACUGGACCCAUCCGACUACAAGGUAACCCCAGCUUUGUAUUAUAAUAUAGUUUGUGUCUUUACUUGUAUAUCAAUUGACUAUUCAUGAAGUCAUUGGGAGAGAGCAAAGUGACAGUAAAGUUUGACGUGACAAGAAGACAAAACCAUAUCCAGAUGUGUUAGCUAAAUAAAUAGCAGAGGAAAUGAGAAUAACCAGUUGUUUUUAAAUGUACUGAUGUGUAUUUGAAUGAUUUAUGCUUUUCACUCGUUUCUGUUUGUUCUUACACUGCUUGCUUUGAUUAUGGUCAUGAUACUCUCCAUGCUAAUAGUUAGCAUUUCAUUUGUAAUGAAAGGAAUGUUUCAAAAUGAACGAAAAACCAAUUAAUCGAAGGGCCGAUAGGAUCCCUAUAUUGUCCACAGGUUGGGGGGGGGGGGGCGACAUUGACAUUGAUCAACCGUAUUGUGCGUAAUGAUUUGUUUAAAAAAAAAAAUUAUAACCCACUGUAUAAUAGCCAGGAUUGUAUAUAGAACUGAAGAGAUGUAAAUAUAUAUGUGGCUUGCUGCAAGGUUGGUAUUUACAGAAAAACUAUUCACACUGUUUAAUUCUACAUGCCCACCAGCAACCUUUGUGGAUAGCAGUGUAACAAAAACAAAAAAACACUGCCUUAAUGUUUAAAUAAAAAUCUUAUUGCCAUUGAA